AUGUCAGCAACACAAACACAAGUUGAGACUCAACCAUUAAGAAAACAUCUGAAACAAGAACAUUUCGAUUCUUAUGGAAGUUUAGGUAAAAAAGUUAAAAACAGCUUCAAAAGAGCUGCUGCAGGUGAAGCAUCAGAAUUAUCAAUAAAUUAUAUAGAUGAAAUUAAAGAAUUAUAUCAAAAUUUAGAAAAAGAAAAAGUAAGAGAUACAAAAAUACAUUUAGAAGAUAGUGAAGUAUUUAGAGAUGUUUCUGAUUUUGCUGCUUUAAAUGCAAGAAAUUUAAGAUUUGGUGAUCAUGGAAUUUCAUUAAAUGAUAAAGAUGUAUUUAAAAAAUUAAAAAAAUUCACAGCUACUGAUGCAUCAUUAUUGAAAAGAGAAGAUGAUGAUAUGGAAAAUGGUGAAGAUGAAGAUGAAGAAGAUGAUUAUAUUGCAGAUGAAUAUAAUUUUAAUACUAUAAAUUGGUUAAAAUUAGGAGCAUUAUAUUAUCAAGUUAGUAAAAAACCAAUUGCAGUUGAAUUUUUAAAUGGUCCAUUAGCAAGUGAGAAAAGAAGAACAGCUCCAAGAACAAGAACUGUUGAUGAUACAAAUAAGAAUGGUUCUUCCACAACAGCAAGAGCAGUAGCAGCAAGUGAUAUAAAUCAAGAUGAAGAAAAAAACACAGCUCAUAUGGUAAGAUUAGUUUAUGAUACAUAUUUAAAAAAGGAUUCACAAGAAGAAAUUAAUUUUUAUAAAUUUUUCAUUGAUCCUUUUUCAUUUGCACAAUCAGUUGAAAAUUUAUUUUAUACAAGUUUUUUGGUUAAAGAUGGUAGAUUGAAAUUAUAUACAAGUACAACAACUGGUCAUCCAUGUAUAAAAAGAGUUAGUUCAAAAGAAUUAGCAGAAUCAAAAUUAGAUAGUUCAAAUUUAUUAUCUUCUCAUCAUAUUGCAACUUUUAAUUAUGAUGUUUGGCAAAAUUUUAUUGAUGAUUUUAAUAUUCAAGAUUCUUUUUUGGGUCAUAGAGAUGAAGUUGAAGAUCGAAUGCCAAUAGAAGAUUUAAAUGAUUAUAGCUAA